AUGCCAACAUACUCAUCAUCAACCACUGGAGAUUACCUGGUGAUAGUUUUCCUCUCGAUCAGAUUCACCAUCCUGUUUAUACUAUUCAUACUCAAUGGCACGCAGACCAUACUCGAAUGGCGCUACCUCAAAAAGCACAACCGAUCAAUCAAUCCACGUCUAAUGACAUUCCUGUCGAUUUCACUAUUUCCUCUGUUUAGAGGACUGGAACAACUUACAUAUUUAUUGGUAUACCCUAGGGUUGGGUAUGGAUCAGUGUCACUAUUCCUUGGAGCUUAUGGAACUUACUUUGAAUUCACUGAAUGGAUAUUCAUUGGUUGCUUCUGGAUGCAAUUGUUGUACACAUUCUUUGUAUCCAACUCUGUGAUUAUGAAGAAUUCACAACGUGUAUGGUAUAGCUCAUGCGCAUUGGCAAUAGCCCUGCUCAUAUACACGAUCGUCACGUCAAUAUUCUAUUAUGUCAAUCCAUCGGUGUUGGCCAGCUGGGAGACAUUUGGCAUGAUCGCCUGGAUUGUCCUGGUGGGCGUGUCAAUCGCAUUCAAUGGCAUGGCCCUGGUACGAUUCAUGAAGCGCCAGGAGAAGCGCAUUCCCAAACUGGAGCACACGAUACGCAACACAUCUCGUCUGGCCGCCACACUCAUCGUCAUUGUCAUCUGCAUGCUCUCGAUUAUGAUUGGCUUUGCCGUGGCCAACGUGCCCAAGUGGUCUGACUACAUCUACGUCUCCAGGUUGCUGAUCUCCAUCAUUGAGAUCUCUCAGCUGGUCAUCGUCAUGAAGGCGCUGAGCGGCGACACACCAAUCAACUACCUGCAUUUCAAGCGAGUGAAUGAGGAUUCCUAUCCCAGCUACAGCAGUAGCAAUAUGUCAAAGUCUGGCGGCGACGACCAGUACACGAGUGGCGUUGGCAACUCUAAUAACCCGGCCUGUAUCUCAGUGUCAAUGGGCGAGGCGACAUCAAGCAAUUCAAUCAUGAUGCAAGAACUGAGUAAUUCUCCAAAGAGUGAAUCAUCCGAUGUCGAAGCUCCUCCUCCAUCCAUCGUUGCAACGUGUGGCGGUGGUGGCGAAGGUCUACAAGAGUUACAUCAUCAGCAACAACAACUACAGCAACAAUGUCAACAACAACAACAAGAACAAAAACCUCAAUGUCAACUGCAAGAGCUGUCAGAGUGUUCUGAACAGCCAACAGUCAAUAUUCAAUGUCAUCAACAUCUUCAGGCGACUAUAAUCGACAUCAACAUAGGUGGUCCCCUUCAUCAUUCCGAUGGAAGCCAA